AUGGACGGCAUCUUAAUCAUAUACGACGUCACAAACAUGGAUUCAUUUAACCACCUUUCCUACUGGUUCAGGAAUAUCGAAGAGAACGCGUCACCCGAAGUGGUCAAAGUCCUCGUGGGAAACAAGUGUGACGCGACGCAUGCGCGCCAAGUAGAGAAGGACCGGGGAGAAAAGAUGGCGGAGAGCUUCGAGAUCCCGUUCUUCGAGUGCAGCUGCAAGCAGAACGUCAACAUCCAGGAGGCCUUCGUCACGCUCGCCAGGAAAAUCCGGGAACAGAGGGAGCAGAGGCCGGGCAAGUUCGAAGACAGCGACCGGCUGCAGUGGGAGAAGGCCGACCUGAACCAGAACAGGCAGUCGCCGUCGGCGCAGUACCGCUGCAACUGCUGAGUGACGCCUUCCGCGAAGAAUCAAGCCGUUCUUCCUUCGUCUCGUCGCCGCCGCCAACGUCACCGAUGCCCGACUCGUGUAUUUAUUUCCACGCUCCCGCCAGCUGCACGCCACUGCUGCGUUAUCCGCUACCACGUGGACCUUGACUGACGGACUCGACGACGCUGAGAAAGUUCGAGAGCCCCACUGGCGGAUCGGCCAUUCGAGUGUAAGCGAUGCCUCUUUUCGGUUCCCACACUGACGCUUUACUACAGACGGGCCACAAGGACGAUCAAGUUAAACUAAUAGAGUUGUUUCACGCGCUCGGAUAUGCGUGUGUGUGCGCGUGUACGCUUUGCAUCUCCUUCUUAAAAGUGUUGCAAUCGUGCAAAAGUUGGCGAGGUAGUGCGGACCGGAGCUCACGUGUUAUUACAGAGUCAUGAACAUUGCAACAAAGCUCUAUAGGUAAGGAAGCUCGAACACUAAAAUUUGCAAGUAGAAAACGAGUGUUUGGAGAAUACUACAUUUCGAAAGCAAACACAAAUUCCGACACUAAUUUCCGUUUCCCAACACAUAUAAAUCGACUCGAAAUCACAGCUUAGACGAUGGAAAGGAAAAUUUUACUUCGGCAACUUUGGUUAUUAUUUCGAAGUUAAGCUCCAAUAUCAACAAAAAUGUAAUAACGGCCAUUACAUUUACUUUGACACGAUUAUUUACAGCGAUCUGCACGCGUUCUCUUUACUUGUAUAGUGUUAAUAAAGCAUCGCUGACAUUGUGACAGCUUCAGUGACAGCCACUGCAUAAACCAUAUGACACCAUGGAAUUUACGUGACUACAGUUCUGGCGCCAAACGUGGCCCUUGCGGAACUGAACACCAUAUAACACCAGAGCUUCAGACACGAACAUAACGUAUGACACAGACACGCUACAACCGUGAGAUUUAGAAGUGCUGCAGAUUGAUUCAUAUUGAUGUCGAUUAGACGGCACUGGAGAUAUUGAAAACUUUCGUCACCGCUUUCCCACUUGUCAUAUACGAUGGAAGAGAAAUGACAUGAAAGUGACUGAGAAAAACAAUAUCGGCUUUCCACUCUUACUCGCUAAAAAAAAAAGAAAGAAAAGUUAGCAUUCGUGCCUGUACAAUGUGCGAAACGUGCAGUACCAACGGAAACAGAUUUGCCACAAGUGAAUGGUUGUCGCAGCAGCAAGAUUGGCAGUCUGCGUUUUUUUCCGAACGCGCCGAUAUCGAGAGUUCCUAGUACAUUCCAUUUUUUCGAAAGCAGGGGUGGUCGGCGGAAAGCACUUCGACGAGCAGUCUUUUCUGGGCAACUGCGAUAAACAUACGGUUGCUCCCAACUUCAGCUUCAGAAAAAAAACAAAAAAGGGUAUCGUGUGCACAACCACAUUUGGCGAUAAUCAAUGAACAAGCGCUUAUUCCAGGUAUGGUCUUUCGAGCGGACAACAGCAAGAGGAGCUGCUUUGAGCCGGUCCACCGGCCUCCCCUGCUUUGGAAAAUGGAAUGCGCUUGGCAAUCUCGCUGUCGUGCUCGUCAACAUCGCCGCGUGUCGCAAUUCUCCGGCCACCGUUCACUUGUGCUAAUCUUUUUUUUUUUCGUUGAGACCGAACGUCUUCGUGCAGGGCUAAGCAGCAUGACCAGUUAAGUAAUCCGUGGACAUUGUAUACUUCCGGCAUAGGAUCGCGUGCUUCUGUGUCCGUGCACCAAAAAAGAGAAGGUUACGUCACGUUCGUCCAGAUAAGUUUGCGUCCCAGACAACGUCACGCGUUUAAGAGUCCCUGGCUUGCUGUUUUAGCCUUCUUUCACGCGUAUUCACGGACGAGUGUCAAGAAAGGACGUCCUUGGCGCUAUGUUUGUGAGAAACAAAAGUCCAGUUUGCAUUAGGCCAUCGUAUAGUAACACAAAUAUAGGUGUUAAUCCAGCCAUCCCCCUGCCCCGGUCACAAAUCUAUACCCUCCUCUGUGGCACAGUACGUGGAUCAACGCGGUUUACAUGUUCUGGAAUGAUGGGUCAGACUGGACUACAGAUCACGCGUUGCUUAGUGUCUGUACAAGUGCACUAAUAUUGGAGUCGUUGUUAGCAUAUGGCGCAAAACAUAAAUACGACACAAUGAUGAAUGUGUAUAGACGAACGCAUAAGGUGAUCGUUGCAUAUGGCUCUGUCGCAUCUGAGAUUCAGUCCAUAUGACGAAGGUCGAUAACCGAGUGUUGAAAAUCAACCCCCCCCCCCCCUCCAGGCGUUUUCUUUAAAUGCUAACUGCAAGAAUUUACAAUGGUAUUGGUUCUGUUUCACGCAUUCAACCACACUGAAAGGUCGCAUAGUUUCCUUGUCAGCUUAUUUUUUAUAUAUAUAUACUAUACGUUGUUGCAACUGCGAGUCGGUCAGCUUUGAAUUCCUGAUCUGCUUAUAUAGGGCAGCAUUUUAGGCGCUCGAUAGCAAAGCGAUUGCGCAUAUAGAGUCACAUGUCCAGGCAAAUUGCAUCGCGUUAUGGUGCAGGGAAUUAAGCCAGCAGCACGCGGCAGAGACCCGAUACCUUUGAGGAUCGAGUGGAGGCCGUCUUUAUAGACCGCACAUCUAUUUGCAAAGGCUACAGCUAACGAUGUCAAGGUGAAAGGUGACACAGAUCGUUUUGCACCAACUUCCUCAUCCUAUUUUCACUGAAAUGUACAUCCGCGACCAAAGAAUGUCUGUGGCGGAAGCUGUGUUGUGACAUCGCCCUAGGCGAGCGGCAUUGCCGCCAUAAGCGCUAACAGAACCCCGCACGAUAACCACUUGAUAACAUCCCGUGCGAUCUCGGCUCAAGUAUCGACAUGGCCAUUCACGUCGUGGCCCUCGGCGCAGGUCAGAGUGGACGAACGGACAGUUGUCGUUGUCAAGGCGACGCAAAGCCGACGAUGACGACUGCCUGUAUGAUCAACGAGCGACGUUGAGUUAUCGCAAAUAACCCGUGUAUAACCACUGCAGCCUUGUCGUGUUGUCGCAGAAGAGUUGUUGUUGAAAGCGUAUACUUAACCGGCGCAGCUGCAGUUGGACCACGCCAUAGAUACGACGUGGCGCUGACAAUGUGUACCGUAUAGUUUGUUAUAUAUGCGUCAUCUUUUUUGGUGUGGACCAUUUCUUGUACAAAGUGUGAUACUGUUUGCGUACAAUGCGUAGAAAUAAUAAUAAUAAUAACCGUUGUGUGUUCGCCGAGGCCGCUCGCCCAAGGGCGGAAUCACGUUAUACACGGGAUACGUUUGGCAUUCGGCUACAAGCUAGCGUUGAAAAACCGAACGUAUACGGAACGUGUAAUAGGUUCGUUUGAGAACGUUCGGUCCUAUAGCUCGCGCGCUUGGCCAGACCCUAGUCAUAGUCGUCAAACAGCUCGCUUGAGGCCAAUCGUGCCGCGUCUAAAGCAAGCGUGCGCAAGAUUCAUUUUCGAACAUUUGCUUGCAUCUAUAUAGGAGUUGUCCUAGUUCGCGGUCUUGGUCCGCGCCUAUGUUCAGAAGUCAGUCAUCGUCGUCGAUCAGCUGGCCAAGCGAACGUUCGAGAACCGAACAUAACGUGUACGUGAUUUCGCCUCGGGAUCAGGACUCGCAGCGAUGGUGUAUGGACUCGCUCUUGCUGGCACCGCGAGUUCGCUGUGCCCACGGUGCAUGGUCAAAGACUGUAAAUACGCUUUCCAGUUCGUUAACGAGGUUUGUUUGACAAAACAGGCGAUUCGUGUGAUUUUCCAGCCGCACACGCUGCUUUCUAUAAUGAUAUUGAAAGUAAAGCGGAAAGUGAGCUGCGCUUUAGCCACGCUGAAAGUGUUGCUUUCUUACCGUGCCAAGAGCCCGUAUUAUGAGUAUAUUCCUGGUGACGUUUCUUAAAACAACGAGUAUGUACUUACAAAGACAAACGUGACUCUGAAACCUUCACGACGUCGGUGCGGUGCUUCGGGUCACACAGUAAAGCUUGAAAGGAACAGUUUUAAAUAGGUGCAGACUAAUACUACGGCAUCUUGCGAAACGCGUUAGCCUAGUAAGACUUUGUAUAACCGCGAGUAAGAGCUAAUGUGGCUUCUCUUCUCGCCGCUACAUUUGAUGGUGUUCACUUUAACACCAUAAGCAAAUCUCAGCUGGGAGCUUAAUAUACAGGUAAAAGGAAGAGGGUGCUAGUGCACUAUUUGAACGCACAGGUAUUUUUUUUCUUCUUUUUUUUUCUGUUAGAGCAAGUCGUAAACUUGCCGUAUAGUAUGAGCUGCAUGCUUAUAGGUAUGUUCAUGUUAACUGUCACUAUAUAAUCGCCCUGUUUUUGUAAGAAAAUUUGUGCAUGCAGAAAAAAGAAGAGUAGACGGAUAAAGCUUUUAACUGGUUAUAUAUAUAGUGUUACCGACGACGCACGAUGGGAAUUCUUGAAUAUAACCAAAGCGAGCGUGCUUCUUCAUGUGUAUAAACAUGCUGUAGCUAAUACCGAGGUAUGAACUUCAAAGAUGCGGUUAAACUAAAAUUAUUUUAGUUUGCCGAAGAACUGCAUACAAUUCUAUAUCGUGGAACACUUUCUGUUUGUCAUGUAUGUUAUUUGGAAUACGCCGAACGUAAAACAUGUUCAAAGGUACGUCGUCAUGAAUCUUGUUUUUUGCUCUGUAGCUAGCGAGUAAAAUGUUUUCGACUGCUGCUACAACCGUCAAAGAGAACACAGUUAUAAUAGAAUAUUUGUGCUUUUUUCCUGUAUACUUUGGUUAUCCUUUUUGCAACAUUUCUUGCUGAGUGUAUACGCCGGUGAACGGAAAACUGCAGUGUGAUCGCUCAGUUGAAUAAAAAAAUACAAUAUUUGCAGCAA